CGUAAAUAUAACCUUACUAUAUUGUCGACUAUAAGCUCACAGAGUACAAAUUAGACUUGUUAACGUGUAUUUAAAAUUUAGUUACUCUGAACAACUCCUCAAGAGAUUUAAAAACAUGCCACUUACCGACAGUUUCGUAUCGUAAUAUUGUUUUAUUAUUAAGUACGUCUUAUCUCUUCUUAUCACAACUCCUAACAUCACUACUUUAUAAGAGACAUCGCAGACGUUUCUUCUUAAAUUAAGAUCAGAAAUGUCCGGAAUUACUAAAGUAGCGGUCGUGACCGGGGCGAAUAAAGGCGUUGGUUUCGCUAUAGUUAAAGGUUUAUGUGAGAAAUUCGAUGGAAUUGUGUACCUUACAUCACGAGACGAGGCUAGAGGUAAAAUAGCUUGCCAAGAACUUGAGAAACUGGGGUUAAAGCCGCGGUAUCACCAACUGGACAUCACUGAUGAGAACAGUAUCAAAAUCUUCAAGCAUUACAUGAAAAACGAACACGGUUUCAUAGAUAUUUUAGUUAAUAAUGCUGGUAUAUUGUUCCUAAAAGACGCAACGGAGCCGAAAGUUUAUCAAGCUGAACAAACUAUUUGGGUUAACUUCUUUUCGUUGGCGAUAUUUUGCGAAGCUAUGAUACCUUUGGUAAGGGAUGGCGGGAGGAUUGUAAAUAUAUCAAGCUCGUCAGGACACCUUUCGCGGAUACCUUCAGAUGAUUUAAAAAAGAGGUUAAAGUCUACAGAACUGUCUUUAGAAGGAUUGAAGGCAUUGAUGAACGAAUAUUUGGAAGAUGUGAGGGGAAAUAAAGAAAUUGAAAAGGGAUGGGGAGAAUUGCCGUAUGUGGUUUCGAAGAACGCUGUCAAUGCGUAUACUUUCAUCCUGCAUCGAAGAUUGGCAGACAGAGGUAUAAAAGCGACGUGCGUCCACCCGGGUUAUGUCAAGACGGACAUGACUCGCGGCGGAGGGGACCGCUCGCCGGAGCAGGGGGCGGAGGCGCCGCUCAUGUUGGCCUUGGAACAGAAUCCGAUCGGCGGCCGCUUCGUAUGGCACAAUGGAACUACUGUGCCCUGGGACGGACCCGACCCUCGGGUGUUCAUUGACGGAAUGGAUAAAGCUAAGCUUUCUUGGUGACCUUGAUAAGCAGCUGAAUACCUGUAAGAUUGCGCAGAUGAAGGACCGUCCUUGGGGUAUAUUUCAUUGGGUUGUCCAUUCCCGUGUUGGUCGUGGUACACCUCGUCAGUUCACCUUUAUAAAAAAAUAUACCUUACCUUUGCCCUUAUCACGUACCCGUAAUUUUAACUUAAUUUGACAGGACCAGCUACAUCUCUUUCUUACUCGUGUUGUAAGUAAAGGACAACAUUAGUUUCGAACUGUCAAAUUAAAAUUAGGUUAAGUUUAUAUGCGCCCGAAUAGGCACCAUUAUGCAUUAUGUAUUUAUGAGUCACAAAGACAUCAUCGACGACUCUUCUUAUGUAACUUUAUGCAAAUCUUAUCUGUUUUAUCUUAUCUGUUUUAUCAUGUCUGGAAGAUAUAAAGUUGUAAGUGCAUUUAUGAUAUACUUACGAGAUAAUUCUGUAUAGUCCAUUAAACAAGUCCAUAAA